AUGGAUAAGCAAAUCACAGUUUUUCUUCUGUUGGUUCUUUUCACCACAGCACACUCUCUCAGCUGUUACCAGUGUGACAGUCUUUUGGGUUCUUGUGUAAAUCAGACAGUAACAUGUCCAGGUGGAACUUCUAUGUGCGAGAGUACAACAACAAUAACACAGUUUGGUGGCAUUGUAGUAGGUUCUAUUGAGAACCUUAAAGGUUGUGCUGAUGAUUGUGGAAAUGGCUCUGUCAAUUUCGGCAUUUUAAUGAUAUCUUCUGAGUGCUGUACCAGUGACCGGUGUAACAUCCAAGAUGCACAAGAUCCCAGCACUGACACUCCCAAUGGAAACACGUGUUACUCUUGUGAUGAGAGUAAUAACUGCUCAAAUGUACUGAACUGUUCAGGAAGUGAAGAUCUCUGCAUUACAGCAACAGGGAUGUUCUUACCUCAAACAAUGACUCUAAAAGGCUGUGUUUCAAAAUCUAUUUGUGAUUCUGUAACAUCAAUUAGUGGUGCUCAGAACAUCUCCUGUUGUUCGGGGAAUCUGUGUAACAGAGCUAAAAGUGUCACUCAGAGUUUCCUAUUGCUCUGUUUUCCUCUGAUCGCCUUCAUCCUGAUGCUCUGA